UCCCGGCUGCCACAGCAAACCAGCCCAUGGCCCAUUCCUUGUCCGUCAGUCGCCAGCGCCACGAGGAACGCGGGAAACGCGGCCCACGAACCCCCCCGGGAUAAAUAUUUAGAAAAAAGAUUUUCCGAAUCGGGCAACGAAAAGUGAAAAUCGAAAAUCUCCGAGGAAUCUCCGACGAAACAUCGAAAGUUGAGAGUUGAAACGCAAUUUAAUUUGGCAUACAAAACAACACCAAGAAAAAACCCGUCGAAAAACAACCAAAUGACAUAGAACGGAUCGCAGACCGCAGAAUAUUACGAUCUAUACGCGAAUUUUAUUCGUGCAGCAAGGGGCCGGACGCGUGCCAGGCACUGGGGCGUUGGACGCCGGCGUCGCAGUCGACGCUGACGACGUGUUUUUUAAUAUUAUUUUUCCUCGUUUUUCACUUUCCCAUGUUUUGCCGGCUGUCGGUCGUGUCGUCGUGGGCUUGUUGCCGGCGGAUCCGCUCCGAGCGGUUUCAGUUCUAGUUGGGUUUCUGGCGACGAGUGACACACCGAGUCAGAGGCAAAGCCAAAGGCAUAACCAGAGAUAGAAACAGAAACAGAGACAGAGAAAAAUACUAGAAGAAAGAAUCCACGACAACGACAACGACAACAACGAAAUAGGAAAUAGCAAUAGGAAUAGAAAUAGGAACAACAAAAUAUAGUUGUAGAUUUCGCUGAUUGAGGAAAACACACAGAUACGAUACACACAUACACAUACACAGAUACAUUUAUUAAGAGAAUCCAAUUGCAUUACUAGUCGAGUGAUCGGGAGGCGUGAGACGUGACGAAGACGAUGCCCAAUAAUCGCAAUCGCAAUCGUAAUCGCAAUCGCAACAAACGCAAUCGAAACCAAAAUCAAAACCAAAACCAAAACCAGCAGCAGCAGGAACAGCGGGAGGAGGAGCAGCAGGAUCCCCAGCCAGAGGCAGAGGCAUCAUCUUCUUCCAUAGCUGAUAAUGGAAAUUCUGGCAGCGUUUCAAAUGAAUUGGACACGGGCAGCGCCACCAACAAAGUUGCUGUGGAUCCGCAGCUAGGAGAGUGGGAGGAGCCACCAAAAGCAGCAGCAGCAACAGUAGAAGAAGAGGAAUCCACAAAUCACGCAGCGAAAGACGAGACGGAAGAAAAAGAACCAUCUUCGAGCAGCAACAAAACAGAGAUGGGGUCCAAAAACUCCAAGCAUCAGACGGAUAAAUCCGGCAAGCAAUCCAGCAAUGAGCCGGAGAAGCACAAAAAGGAGUUGGAGCAGCAGGAGGUGCCUCAGUUGAAGGCACCGGGAAGUCCCCGACAAGCCAAGGUCAUAGUGCAUCGCAUUGUGCGGGAAGCGGAUGAGACAGAUGGGGCAGAGCAGCCAAAAGGGGAGUCCCCCAUUCAGGAUCAAUCACAGGAUCAGCAGCAAUCAAACAUUAGUCAAGAUCUGAAAGAAGAUGUCGCACAACGCAAUGAAGAAGUCCCUGUUCCUCAUGUGGCCCCACAUCCGCAGGGGCCGCCGCUGCAGCGCAGCACAAAAGUGAUCAUCCACCAGAUACGCCUGGAAAGGGACGAUCACGCGGCCGAUCAAGAGCGUAAAGGUAAGCCCACCUUUGUGGAGAUCAGCACCACCUCACCAGCACCCCCCGCUUCGCUGAGCCUCAGCCAAGGAUCAGGAUCAGGCACUCUGUCGCCGCCGCCGCGCUAUCUGGUAGAGUCGCCCAAGAACGUGUCCGGCGCCGUGGGACAUUUCACGCACUUUGCCCGCGACGUGCAGAUCCAGGAGCUGGAGCUGACCAGCGACUGCAGCUCCGGGGAGUUCAAUGUACUGGCUUCGCCGCUUGUGUGCGAGGCGGACUCCGAAACGGAGGCAGCACCGGCCACGCCCACGUCAACAUCCCCGCCGGAUUUGCAGCCGUCCAGCCGCGCCGAGCAACAAGAGCAGCUGCGGCAGAAGCGCGCCCAGAAACGGAACGCCCUGGAGACGCACUUCCUGCCGCAGCUGAUGCACCCGCGCUACCUGGACAGCAUCCUGGAGGAGAACAGCGAUCUGGCAGGUGUCGGGCAUCCCGGCCUAAAUCGCAGCAGCUCCUCCGGAAACGAUCUGGCGGGGAUGCGCGUUCCGAAGGUGACCGAAACGUUCCCCAAGAGCCAGCUGGACUUUAGCCGUCGACACAAGCGCAGGGAGGAGCCGGUGGCCCUCAUGCUGGAGACGAAGCUGAUCGAAGAGGCCAGCGACCUCGAGAGCUGCACUCGACUGCAGAGCGCACUGUCGCCCCAGUCCGAGGACGCGGAAUUGGUGUACCUCAGCUCCUCGGCCUCCAGCAGCAUGUCCGAUCUGAUGGAGCUCGAGCUGGAGCAGGCCGCAGCUCUGGCUGAGCGCGCCCUCGUCGACCUGGACACGGAUGCCAGCAAACUGUUCCGACGGCCCGACGACGAGAUGAGCAGCACGACCACCACGGAUCCGGCCACGUCAUCGAACGAGACGGAAACGGAGGGCGAACUGGAGACGGAAACGGAAACGGAGAGGGACGCGGAGAGUCGCGAGAGCACACCUGUUAACCAAUUCGUCGGCAACGCGGGAGCGGAAGCGGGAGCGGGAGCGUCGGCUAGCAGCUCGUUGUCUUCUCUUUUGAGUGCGGCAACGCCGACGCCCACAGCAGAGCAGCCAACGAGAGCAGAAGAUACAUUUGUAUCUUUCGGAUCGAUUCGCGAACAGGCCCCAGAGGCCAGCGGCGGCAGUAUCGGUGCAGCGUCAGCGCUGUCGGCCACGCGAGAGGAGUUCGUUCGCAAUAUGGAAAAAGUGCGCGAGUUGAUCGAGAUGACGCGACGCGAGCAGGAGCACGAGGAGACCAGAGAUGGAGUCGUGUCCGCUCCGACUGCUCCGGAGCAGUCCGGUAUGCCACGUUCGCCAUCGCCCCCGCCCAUUCCGCCGCCACCCGCUGGCCUACAGCACUACAAUCCCACCAACAGUCCCGACCACCCCCACACAGUGUCCUCCGGUGCCUUGGCGCCUCUCCUGCUUAGCCGCCAGGAGUCCGCGGAGUCGCAUUGCUCGGACAGCACCCAGCACAGCCAGUGCACGGCCAUCAAUCUGGCCUCGCCCCCGCCCAGCUUUGCUAGCAGCAGUCCCCCGCCACAGCCCCAGCCACUGCCACAGAAACAGCCACAGCCACCCACACCGCCCCUCAGACAACAACAGUACCAUGCACCAAUAUACCCUGUUCCUCUUUCCGCUCCUGCACCUGCUCCUGCUUCCACCUGCACGCACCCAGAACCCCCCACCGAGCAGCAGCAGCAGCAAGAGUCAGAGAUUUCAGUUGCAGAUGACGAACUGGAACUGGAACCGGAACCGGAAUCAGAAUCGGAUCCCAUAAAGAAGCUUCGCCUGCUGUGCACCGAGACCUUGGCGUCUAUGCCGUAUGGCGAGCAGGUGCUCGAAGAACUAGCCAGCGUGGCCCAGGACAUAGCGGAGCCAGGAGCGCAGCCGCACAACUCCACCACGAUGCCCUAUCCCCUGCCAGAGAUGCCCCACAUUCGGGAGCUGCAGCUAUCCACUAAACACGAGAGCAAGUCAUCGUCGUCGUCGUCGUUCUCCUCUUCCGCCUGGCUGGGCAUGCCCACACAGGCGGAUCCCAAGCUGCUGGUAUGCCUGUCGCCGGCACAGCGUCCACUGAUCGGAGAGACCAAGCCCGAUCAGCUGCUGGACGACCAUCAGAAGUUCGUGGAGCGACGAGGCUACCACGAGCUGAGCAAAGCCCAAGUGCGUGCCCUCGACAGCGAGCAGGAGCAACAGCAGCAGCAGCAGAAGCAGAGCGAGAUGCUCAAGACGGCGGCCAUGAUGCGAGAGUUGCGCAAGAGCCUGACACCCACGCCGCCGCCUGUGCCAGUGAAGAGCGCCGAAACAGCGGCCAAGGCGAGCGCCAAGAGAGAUGACGCAAGCGACCCGAAGAAGAACGCAGCAUCAGUGGGAGCAUCGUCAUCGAUUGAAAAUAAACCAAGGCGAGCAGCUGAUCCCAUCGAGCAGCAAUCGACAGAGCAGCAAGAGCAGCAGCAGCCGCACCAGCAGCAGCAGACCAGAUCCAGCCACCAGAUGAACAGCAGCACGGACGUCAGAUUCCCGGCCACCUCAAUGGGCGGCAUGGAGAGCGAGCUGGCCAGGAUGUUCCCCAGCAUGGCCCAGCAGCAGGGCGACAUCUUUGAGGAGCAGCGCAAGCGCUUCUCCAACAUCGAGACGUCCAACAGCCAGCAGCCAAGGGCGCAGCAGAGCAAGCGGUACUCGAACAUCGAGACCAGCUCGUACGAGUCGAAGAAGCGCACGGAGAACGGUCAGGUGAUCUACGACAUAACGAAUUCCAGCCACGAGAAGCAGAGCAACCGCUUCCCGGUAGCUGAGACAGAGGCCAGGUCGGAUUCCCCCGAACACGCCCCGCCGCCACCCGUCCCACCGCCGCCAAUUAUGUCAGCAACGAAAUUAAACGGUUCGACUACGGCAAACACUUUCAUUGAGGAUGAUGACGCGCCCAAAAAUAGCCGGCAAGAGCCGGAUAGGCGAGAGAAUGGCGCGAGCAAUCGCGAGAGUGGCACUGCCUCUACCUCUACCUCUACCUUUGGCGGCACGUAUGAGGAAUUUCGGCAGCGUGCCAAGGCAGCCGUGGAUGCCAUUGGAGGACCCCGACCACCACCGACAGCCCCGACCAACGGGUUGGACAAUGAGAAGGUGUUCAAGGACUUCGACCGGCUCUCGCAGCAGAUGAACGCCGAGCUGCAGUCCACGAGGGAGCGGCGCGAGAAGUCCGCCUCGCUCUUCGAUCUCAGCGGGAUGACCAGGAGCCAGGGGAAGCAUCCGCUGGAGGAGUUGAAGCAGCGGCGGCACGCCCACAUGCAGGAGCUUGAGCGUGAGAUCGAGCGAUCUUCCCGAUCGCGGCAGGAGCGCAUGUCCUCGGUGCCACGCAACCUGGAGAGCACACCCACGUCCAGGACCCACGAGAUUCCCAUCGAACUGGAGCUGGAGCAGGGGCAGGAGCAGCGUUCCCGGCGCGCCGAAUCCAUGUGCAACCUGAGCGAGCCACGCCCCCGGCCACACACCUCCGUGGGGCACUACAACUACAGCAACAACAACAGCAUCUUGUCGCAGGACGACUGGGCGCGUUAUGCCAGCGAUCUGGGAUACUCGGAGAAUAUCGCGCGACCCUUUGCCCGAGAGGUGGAGAUCUGCUACCAGCGUCAGGGACAGAAUCCGACUCCCAGGCAAUCGCAGCCCAUCCGGGCGCCACGCCUCUCUGCCAGCACCAACGACCUGAGCAGCAGUGGCCACCAGCACAGCUUCGAUAGCUACAACGCGUACGGCGGCAGGAGGACGCACGCGCCCAUGCUCAGCCAGGCGCCACAGCAGCAGCGGCCCCACUACGCCAGCUGCUACUCGAUGAUCGAGCGAGAUCCGAAUCCGAAGUACAUCAGCACCACCUCCAGGCGAGGCGUGAGCCCGGGCCCAGCUCCAUCGCCAGUCAUAGGCGUACCGCCGCCAGCCUAUGAUCGCCAGCAGAGGCGAUCCUCGCUGCCGCGUGAGCUGCACGAGCAGCAGCUCAAGUACAUCCUGUCCAAGGAGGAGGAACUGCGCCUGGAGGUGGAGCGGCUGCAGCUGGAGCGCCGGCGCCUGAUGGAGGAGAUGCAGAGGGCGCCCAUAUUGCCGCAGCCACAGCGACGGGAGAGCUAUCGGCCGGCGGCCAAGCUGCCGACGCUCAGCGAGGACGAGGUGUUCCGCCAGCAGAUGGCCGAGGAGUGGAUGAACAAGGUGGCCGAGCGUGAGGAGCGGCGCCAGCACAAGAUCAUCAAGAUUUCCAAGAUCGAGGACGAGCAGGACCAUGCCACAGAGCGGGCCAACAUAAGCGACGAGUUCCUCAGCGCCGUCAAGGAGCGACGCCACAAGCUGGCCAUGCCGGCGGACAGUGACUGGGAGAGCGGGGCCGAAUCGCAGCCCCAGGCCAACCCCCAGGUGGGCGUGGCCGCCAACGAGUCGUCGUCGGAUGUGGAGGCAGCGCCCGUGCGCAUCCUCGAGGGACAGGCGGAGGCCAGUCUGCGACAGCUUCCGAGGCAUCUGCGCGAAUUUGCCAAGUUCUCGACUAGCGAACAGAUGCCGGAUGGGGCACAGGUGGAGCGGCACGAGCAGCAGGAGCGGCGCGAGGAGGCCACGGACCACUCGCACAGCAGUGCCAGCCAGAAGACCAGCAUCGUGAAGACGUACAAGGUGUCGCGUCUGCCGCCUUCCGUGCAGGACAGAGGAGCAACAGCCACUGCAACAGCCACAGCAACAGCAGCAACUGGCACAGAGACUGGACCGGCCAUGAGUGUAAGGCUGCGACCACGACCGCCCAAGCAGACGCGCUUCCUCCUCAAUCCGCAGCAACUGCAGCGUCAGAGGCAACGACGCAGCUGGUCCGAGAGCGAUCUGCUCAAGGAGAUCGACAGCGAACUGCAGCUGGCCAAGGGCUUCCUCUACGCGAAUGAGUACACUCAGAGCACGGGCACGACGAUGUUUGCACCAAAAUUCAAGGCACGCGCGCCGUCAGGAUCAGGCGUGUGGACACCGUACGGUUCCGCCAGCGAUCUGAACCACAGCUCAUCGGCGGCGCCCACGCCCCCGCCGCCGCCCACGCAGCCCGUGUGGACACCGCAGCCAUCGCCGUCGUUGAGCGGCCGCAAGGAGUUCCGUCCGGUGCGCUUCGAGUCGCCCACCCUGCCACGCCGCUAUACGGCACUCCAGCACCAGCAACAGCAGCCGCAGCCGCAACAGCAGGAGCCACAGACGAAGAGCACGACGACGAUACCACCCUGGUCGCAUACAAACGGAGACCCCUACUCCGACUACACCGAAACGGACUGCUCCGCCCAUUUUGGCCCAGUGGCGCCAUCAGCCAGCGUCUCGGACAAGAUCAGAACCUUUGAACGCUCGGCUUCCACCUCGGAGCUGCAGAGGCCGUUCGUGCGCCGCCAACUGUCGGACACUGGCCGCCCAGCCUAUAGGCCCAAUGAAGUCAUCUACAAAGUCAAGCACGAGUAUAUGAGCGAACCGGAAACGGAGCACGAUCGUCCGCGCAAAAUGGCACAGUUAGGUCGGAGGCAGUACGAUGGCAUCGGUCCGGUGACCAACGAUGGAAUGCCCAUCAUACUCAGAUCGGAGGUCCAGGAGCCGCAUCAGCAUGAGUGGUACAAGCGCCUCUAUCAGACCAUACACAAGCAGAAGAACGGCGACGAUUUCGUGAUACGCUACAAGUGUCCCAGAGCCCGUCCGUCGUACAAGAGCAACGGUUACGUAUCAGAGCCCGAACCCAACUACGACUCCGACUACUCCACGGUGAGGUACCGCACACAGAAUCCGCAUCGAGUGCAGUCAGUCUCCUCGGCCGUCAAUGUGCGAAACCUGAGCCAGGACGAGAAGUUGUAUGGUACUAUGCCAAAUCCCAUCAAGUCGGCUCAGAAUUCGUAUAAAAAUCAGCCAGGUCGCAUCGAGGACUACACCACAGGACAUUCGUCUGUGUCCGAAAAGGAGAAGAAGGAGAAUCUAGAACAAUCGAAGCUAUCACCGCUCUACACAGAAGGAAACUUGUCCAGAGCUCUGGCCAAGGAAUCCGGCUACACCAGCGACUCCAACCUAGUCUUCCGCAAGAAGGAGCUGCCAGUCAGCAGUCCCCUCAGCCCCGUGGAGCAGCGACAGGCCUACAAGAGUCUACAGGCAGGCGGAGAACCGCCCCUUUUCGGCUUCCGCAAGCCAGCGCCCGAGAGGCCCAGAGAAAUUGUGGAGGAAUUCGAAUUCAUACAGAUCACUCCGACCCUCACCAAGAUACGUGUGAGCACCAAGGAGCUUGAAGAGGACGAGUACGAGCCCACUGUGCCCAGUCCAGUAAUAACACAACCGCCACCACCUCCUCCCCCUCCACCACCGCCGCCGCCGCCGCCACUGCCAGCCCCAGCAACAAGUCACAAGAGAAGCAACCCCAAGAUGUUCUCGCAGCUGUCGAAGAAUCUGCCCUCGUUCAUUCCGCUGAGCAAGAAGCAGCAGCUGCAGCAGGAUCAGGCACCUGCCCCGAUGCCACCCAACCGCAGGUCCUCCUGCACCAAGAGCACGGUGCGUGUGUCGAGCUCCACCAAGUCCCGUCACGAGCAGUGCUUCCAGCCUCCGGGCGGAGGAACCAUCACCCUGAGGAAGGUCGCCUCGUCGACGAGCACUCGUCGCGAACCCAUCUCCCGGUCCAAGAGCGCGGGUGCCGUAUCCACCUUGCUGGCCACCCUCACGGCCACCAAGGAGACGCGCCACAAGGACGGCGGCGCAUGUCGCGUCACCCGCGUCCAGCAGCAGUCUCGUCUCCGUUCCGUGAGUCCCAGUCGCCGUCCGACCGGCCGUCUUUUGGCCCUGCGACAAUCGAGUCGCAGUCCGGUGGCCUUCGGCCGGAGCAUCUCCAAGGAGCGCAGCUUUGCCGAGGAGAAGAAGCGGCUGGAGAACACGCUGCCCCCCAGCCGGACCAACUUUGAGGCCAGCACCAACAUCCUGCGGGACCCCUUCCUCAAGUCCCCCCAGGAGGUGCGCGAGGCGGUGCGCUCCUAUGCCACCUGCAAGGCGCAGCACACGCGCAGCAAAUCCCUUCCCAGACUGCGCCAGAGCACCGUGAGCACCACCACCCGACAGACGAUGUGCUUCCCCCAGGUGCGCCCCCAGACCCUCAUCGACUGCGGUCGCUCUCUGCGAAAGGUGCUGCCCAAGAAUCAGGCGAAGAACGCCUCCAACGACAGCCUGCCGCGCAGCAACUCCACCUUCUCCAUCGACUCGAUGGUGCGCCAGGAGUACGUGCCGAUUGCCCCGCCCAAGAUCUAUGUGGGCAAGGCGAAGCCCAGCCCCAAGUCCAAGUCGCUGGUCCCGCUGCAGAGCAGCCGCAGCGAGGGUCAUGUGCCGCGCAAGCGUCAGGUAGGAAAACCACCCGCCUCCAGCAACAGCAAGGCGAAGCAUCCUCCAGUGUCCGUGCAGUCGUACAGCGAUACGGUGCGCGAGAAGACCAACUUCUGGAACGACUACAACGCCAAGCAGUCCGUCUCCAUGUCCAUGUCCAUGUCCCUGCCUCAGCAGACCGCGUCCAGUGCCACGGAGUACAAGUACUGUUCCCUGGAGCCGGAGGAUGUCUACGACUAUGCUGGGACCGUGCAGGAUCAGGCCCCAAGCAGCUGCAUCGAGGAUCUGGUGUGGAAGUACGAGAACAAGGAUCGUGAUCGCGAUCGCCAUGCCAAGCCAUGCCAGACGGUCACGGACAUUGCCCGGCCUCAGUCGCCCCAGCCGGACUACGAGAAGUCCCUGGAGCGUCGUUUCUCGCCCACACGGGAGGUUCGCGUGCCCCAGAACCAGAGGGAGGUGCGCUCCCCCUCGCGUCGUCGCAUCGAUAGCCUGAGAUCGAGCCAGCGGCAGGACAGGGAACAGGCCAUCGCGCGGGCCAGCAGCCUGAGCAGCGCCGAUGAUCGCAGCAAGCGGUCUGCCGCGGCUCCGGGAACUCUCUACCAGUGCGGAGAUCUGGCCCACAGCGCCACAUCCUUGACGUAUCUGGAGCGGCACAGUCCCAGCUGCCGGUACCGCAACAACUGCGAGCGUUUUACGGAUCUGAACCGAUUCUACAGCACCCUGGAGCGGGUGGGCCAGCUGGAGAGGGCCACGUCCUCGAGCAGCUUCCAUCCCCUGCGCAAGGAUGCGGAGUUGCUGGCCUUUGACGAGUGGCGCAAGGUGCGGCUGCACGAGCGGGCCGAGAAGGAGCUGCAGUAUCUGGUGGGCAAGCUGCAGCACGACCAGCGGGAGCGUGACCUGCACUUCCGCUCCAAGGACGUGGGCGAAAUCAAGUGGCGUCAGGAGACGGAGCAGGCCCUCAGUGCCAAGAAGAAGUCCGUGGAGGAUCUGCGCGAGAACUUUGAGCAGCUGAAUCUCUUCAGGCAGCACCAUCAGGACUGCCAGCUGCAGCCGGUGCAGCGCCAAUGGCGACGAAACACUGUGGCGGAUCUGGCGAGCAGCCUGGAGCAUCGAGCAGCGAUGGUAACAGACGCCACCACUGAGUUGGACCGUCACCUGGGCAACGACCUGGUCAGCACUCUGUCCAAGGAUCAGAUCAAGAAGAUCACCCAGCAGCUGAACGAGAUCUAUGCGGGCAACCGCAAGGGCGCCGCAGCCGUCGACGAGCAGUACGUGGUGACCGUGGAGAAGGGCUCGAAGCCGGUCGCGGGCGCCCAUGCCAACACAUUGAAGGUGCGCUGCAAUUCGAACAUCUCCAAGGAGCAGCUGAUCGGACCGGUUCUGCGCAAGCGCGAGGAGCAUCAGCAGCCGCAGACUCUGCCACGCCCCACGCGCAGUCAGUCGCCCGUGGUGGUGGCCAGGGAGACGCGCGGGGCCAUUGCGGCCAAGAAUGCCGAACUCACGCUGACCAGGGCCCCCGAUGUGCCGCCCCGGCCGAAGCCCAGCGAGGUCAAGGGCCAGGCCAAGACUUGUGCUGCCCCGCCGAAAGUGGAGCAGGAGCCCGCCGAGAAUAUCAACCAGAAGAUACAGUACUUCGAGGACCGCCAGUUCGAGGAGCCGGCCAAGACCAUCUACCACGCUCGCGAGGACUCCUCGCCCGACGAGGCCGAGGUGAUGCGCCUCAUCGAGCACAACAUGCAGGCGCACCAGAAGGCCAGAAACACUCAGGUGCUGACCCACACGGAGCUGAGCAACUCGCUGACGGAUCUGAGCGGCGUUUACGGGGAGCGACCUGCAGCACGGGUAAAUUUUCACUUGCACAGCCCCCCGCUGCGGCCACCCGACGACCCGGCAGAGGCAGAGCUUCUCAGCUUCGAGAAUGGUUCGCCCGGGCCAGGAGAUGCCAGCCUUGAGCUGUACGACAGCCAGUCGUACUACCGCUCGCGCAGCCUCUCGCCCCAGUCGCAGGUGUCGGCCUGCUCGAGCUCCUACCUGCAGCGGGUCUACACCGGCGAGGUGCAGAAGAUGCGACAGCACUUCGAGGGCAUCCACCGGGUGGCGGAGACGGAGCAGCAGUCCAACGAACAGUGCAGCGAUUUUUUUGGGCUUAGCCCGCUGCGGAAGGCGCGCAGCGAUCCCGAAUUUGGUGCGGGAUCAAAAGACGCCUCGGGCACCGCUACGGAGGCGGAGCCGCAGAAGGAAUCAUCGCUUGCGCCUGGAAAACAACACCUGGCAGACGACGUCAGUCGAAUGACGACCCACAAGUUUGACCAACGCGGGGCCACACCCUCCCCUGAACGCGGUCGAAGGCGUCAGCGCAGUGCCCAGGAUCGACUCAUGCCGCACAUCGAUGUCAUCAGCAAGACGGCGGCGCUCAAACGGGAGCUCCAGCGGCAGCCCAAGCCGGCUCGGAGCCCUCUGCGCAGCCUCAGCAGCAGCAGCAACUACAUCGAGCGCCUGCGCAUGCGCUACGAGUCGCCAGACCCCGCUGAGUCGCAAACGCGAACAAUCAGCUAUCUCUCCACGUCGCAUCCGGAUCUGAGGGACGUGCACGACAUCUCGCCCCACCUAUGUGCCGACUGGGUGGCCCACAAACACCCCCAGCCCACAGACCAGCCACGGCUGAGGCUGCCAAAGGCUCUGCCCAAGAAGCCCCAACGGGUGGUCCCACGCGCCAGCUCCACCUCGCCGCCCCGUCCGCCCAAGUCGCCGCGUCACCAGCAGAGCUGCCUGCUGACCAGCUCCCUGCGCGGCGACUAUGACGACAUCUUUGCCAAUCAGAAAUUCGAUCCGAGGAUGCAUCGCCCCAAGGCACGCUAUGUGCCCGAUGGCGCUGAGCCGACGAGGAGCGCCACCGGCGCUGCUACUGGGGGUGCCACCUUGGAGCGCCUCAAGAAGACGAUGGCGGUAACGUUCAAAGACGUCAACAUUCACUUCAAGACACCAAUAAGGCAUGAGCAGAAGCAGCACAUACCGGAGGAGGAACUAGCCACACGCCAAGCGGAGCAUAUGCAGAAGCUGUACCACGAGGAGCGACGCCGCAAGUAUCUACAGGAGCUGCAGGACAUGAACUCUCGACGCCACACGGACAACUUCACGCCCUCGCAGAAGUCCCCGAUCGCCCUAAACCGCUACGAUGACUUCCCCACCGACGUGACGCUCAAGUCGCUGGUGGGUCCCAAAACCGUUGCCCGGGCCCUCUACAACUUCCAGGGACAGAGCUCCAAAGAGCUCUCCUUCCGCAAGGGCGACACCAUCUACAUAAGGCGGCAGAUCGAUCCCAAUUGGUAUGAGGGUGAGCAUAAUGCGAUGAUCGGGUUGCUGCCAGCGAGCUAUGUGGAGAUUGUUAGCCGCGAUGGCGCCCGCACUCCGUCCAAGCGGCCAUCGGAGGGCCAGGCUCGUGCCAAAUACAAUUUCCAGGCCCAGUCGGGCGUAGAGCUGUCUCUGAACAAGGGAGAGCUGGUCACGCUGACGCGUAGGGUGGAUGGAAACUGGUUCGAGGGCAAGAUCGCCAACAGGAAGGGCAUAUUCCCAGUGUCCUAUGUGGAGGUGCUCACGGACAUUGGAGCCGAGGAUAUCGCGGCCAGAACGACGACCGUGAUCAGCAGCCAGAGCACCACAAAUCUGCGGCCCAAUCUGGAUGUGCUGCGCACAAACAUCAACAAUGAGUUCAACACGCUGACCCAGAACGGAGCCCAGCCCGUGAAUGGAAUCCUGAAAGAAACGCGGACGCUGCACAAGACGGACGCACUCCACGUGGACACCAGCUCCGAGCCACUGGCCUAUCGCGCCCUGUACAAGUACCGGCCACAGAACUCCGAUGAACUGGAGCUGCUGGAGGGGGAUCUGGUGCACGUGCUGGAGAAGUGCGACGACGGAUGGUUCGUGGGCACCUCGCAGCGCACCGGCUGCUUUGGCACAUUCCCCGGCAACUAUGUGGAACGCGCCUAAGGCGGAGCCAUUGAGCCAUCGAGCCAUCCUGGCAGGACAGGUGUGGGACACCCGAAAACGAGUACCAAAAUACCCAAAAAAUCGUUCACCUCUAAUCUUAAUGAAUUUGUAGUCUAAUACUGAGAAUAAUGUGAAAUAACCGAGGCCCUACCCGGCCAGGCCAGGCCAGUGCAGCUGGAAACAGGACACAGGCAGUUAUAAGAUUAAUUCUGAUUUGAUUUAACUGGAUUACUUUAUGUUGUUGUUGAAUUCUUCUUAUUCCCCUAAUUCUGUUCUGCUGCUUGCGUUGCCGUAACGUAAAUCUAUUUAUUUAUUUUUAAACAGAGCAUUAAUUUUAUCAAUGUUGGAAUUAUGUUUAUUUAUACUCGCAAAAGUGAGCACAGCACACACUUUUAACCAGAAGUUUGCCCCAAACACCACCACCACAACCACCUCCCCACAAUCCCGAUAUCAAAGAGAACUAAAUUAAGAUCAUACAUACAUA